AUGUAUAACUCGUUGAUGAUGAGUUGGAUGUUGGUGUUGGGCAUCACUGUAAUCAGCUUUGCGAAUGGACAAACUGUGCCACCUUGCGCCCGGCGACUAUCUCCAUGCAUUGAUUUCAUGAACUCCACCAACCCACCACAAACUUGUUGCGAUCCGGUCAAAGAAGUAAACACAACUCAGAAAACAUGUUUCUGCCAAGUGGCAUUAAGUCCUGGAAUGCUUGAAGGUAUAGGUAUCACUACCGCUCAGGCUGUCCAACUUCUUCAAUCAUGCGGUGUAGACUUCAAAAUCACCAACUGUGAAGGUAAGCCUCUGUUUUGCCCACCAUUUUCUGCGCUUCUGUUCAUAUUCUUCGGCUCCACCCCCGUCGUCGGUGCAGCCCCCAGAUUUGACUUGGAUAUGAUCUACUUGUCUGGGAAUGAAGCUAUAGGCCUUUUUGCUUUUCUUAUAUUCUACUCAUACCAAGCUUUGUUGCAAUCAGUCGCAGCUCCCCCUAUUGACUUCUUUGGAACUUCUGAUUCAUUUGUUUCUUGGUUAUGUAAACCUAAUUAA